CAUUUUCCCUAGCUACACCCCUGGUGGAAAUACAAGUAUUUAUUCUUCCUUCAAGUAUUGCCAAAAAGGCAUGAUUGGUAGAGUGACUCCAACCAAUCAGAAUGAGAUAUUGUUGCAAGAGAUCAUCGCCUGAAUAAUUAUUCAGUUCUUUUGGGCACCCAUAGGCUUGCAGGAGGUUACAGUUCUCUUUACUCAGUUCCUUGCAGAGUGCUUUUUGACCAAGUUUAUGCAGAAGAAUUCUACUGGUUCUCCUGGAAAAACACCAAAUGAAAUUUUCUCAGUGUUUUGUUUGGCACUGAGAAUGUUUUGUUUAGCUCCGACAGUUUGAACAACAGGAAUUCAAUGGAAGAGGGAUCAGAGUCUAAUACUGGCAUGGGGCAGAACAUAAAAACUCUACCAGAGGCUCUUACAAGCUCUUUUUGGUCUUGGUUGCCUAAGGGUCCCUAUGAGAUAUGUCAGUUGAUUGUUGUUUUGAGCCUCACUUACAUGAUCCUGAAAACCAUGAAGCUAUAUCGGCACAAGCAAUACCUGAUCAAAGUCCUCAGGUGUUUUCCAGGACCUCCCAGCCAUUGGCUUUAUGGCCACACCAAAAUGAUGAUAUCAGAAAAAGAGUUCCCGAGUAUUGAAUCAUGGACGAAAGAAUAUCCGCAUUGUCAUCCAAUCUGGUAUGGAGGAUUCUUAGUUUUCCUAAAUAUCAACCAUCCUGACUUUGCAAAAGCAGUAUUUAGCAGAAACGAUCCUAAAUCACUUGUUGUAUAUGAUUUCCUCGUUCCAUGGAUUGGAAAGGGGUUACUGAUCCUGAAUGGGCCAAAGUGGCAGAAGCACCGGAAGUUAUUGACUCCAGGGUUCCACUAUGAGAUCCUGAAGCCAUAUGUGGCCCUAUUGGUAGAAUCAGUCAAAGUGAUGCUGGAAAAAUGGGAAAAGUUGGUCCCCAAAGACACCAAAACAUCAGUGGAAUUGUUUGAGCAUGUCAGCUUAAUGACUUUGGAUAGCAUCAUGAAAUGUGCCUUCAGCUAUGAAAGCAAUUGUCAAGUGAACAGUGAUAAUAACUACAUUAAAACUGUAUACGACCUCUGCUUCAUGUUCUAUCAAAGAAUGAAGACACCUCUUCACCAUAAUGACCUCAUUUACUGGUUCACUUCACAAGGACGUCAGUUUCACAAAGGUUGCAAACUGGCUCAUCUCCACACAGAUAAUGUAAUAAGAGAGAGAAAGGAGUCCCUCAAGAAUGAGCAAGAACUUGAAAAAAUCCUGAAGAAGAGACGCCUGGACUUUCUGGACAUUCUUCUUUGUGCAAAGGAUGAAAAUGGAAAUCCAUUGUCAGAUGAAGACCUGAGAGCUGAAGUGGAUACAUUCAUGUUCGAAGGCCAUGAUACCACAUCUAGUGGAAUCUCUUGGCUUCUGUAUUGUAUGGCCAUGAAUCCUGAACAUCAGCAGAGAUGUAGAGAGGAGAUACAAGAACUUAUUGGGGAACAGGGAACUAUUCAAUGGGAUGACCUAGGAAAGAUGACUUAUAUUACUAUGUGUAUUAAAGAAAGUCUUCGCAUUUAUCCUCCUGUACCUAUGAUAGCUCGAGAAUUACAGGCACCAGUGACAUUUGCUGAUGGACGAACCUUACCCAAAGGGUUUUUGGCUCUGUUGCAUAUUUAUGCUCUUCACAGAAAUCCUGAAGUUUGGGACAGUCCUGAGGUCUUUAAUCCUCUAAGAUUCUCACCAGAAAAUUCAGCUACUCGUCAUUCAUAUGCUUUCCUUCCUUUUGCUGCUGGAGCAAGGAACUGCAUUGGGCAACAAUUUGCCAUGAAUGAAAUGAAAGUUGCUCUUGCCUUGACACUUCUGCGCUUUGAACUUCUGCCCGAUCCUUCCCAACCCCCCAUUCCCAUUCCACAGAUUAUCACCCGAUCUAAGAAUGGGAUCUUUGUUAAUCUGAAGAUUCUCCACUGAUGCAUGGCAUUUCCACAAUGCAAUAUAUUGGCAGGCAUCAUAUGUAUUAAUAUUAUGCAAUGUACAUAUAUCUUCUGUGGACUAUUUCACAAUAAUUAAUAUUGACUAGAGAGCUUUUGUCAUUCUGGUAACACAGAAGCAAGUUAAAGAAAUUCCAACAGUUCUAAAUAAACAUUCCUUCAUUAAAUUUAUUCUGUUCUAUUCUAUAUUAUCUCAAAACCAAUUACAUAAUUUACAAGCAUUUUAAUCAUUCUUAAUCCAGUAUUAUCUCCACUGCAUUUAAUAUUCCAUUUAAGAAAAUAUUUAUAGGAUAUGUUUUUCAGUCAGUGUCCAAUAUUCUUGUGCUGUGGCCUUGGAUAUGGAUAUAUGAGCUGUGAUGACAAACUGAAUGGUCUUGGGCAAGACUGAAUAAGUGAGGAUCAAGAAAAUGACAAGAAUUAUGCCCUUUAGCUGAUACUUUCCAGUGGCUUCCAAGGCAUUUACCAGUGACUAUUUUAUCCCAGAUGUCCUUCCUGUCAGCUCCUGUCAUCAACUGGGUAGUAGAGUUGUAGUAAAGUUCUUGUCUCUUAGAUGGUGGACUCCACACAGUACAAAUAUAAUGAGUAGGCAAAGGGAAAUAUCCUGGUAUGGGGAAGAACUUUGCAUGGGUCCCUUCCCCUAAGUGAGAUUGACCCAUGAUAUUUUCCUAAAUCUGUUUUUUUUUCAAAAAACACCAACAUUGCAUUGUUUUUUUCAAAAUCCUGGGUUGAGCCCACUACCAAGGGAAUGGCACAGAUGCCAAACCAUUUUAUUUUUUCCACCCUGCUGCCCAUUCUCCUACCUAACGUCAUGUCAAUUUCAUUUCUGCUGAGCUGCCAACCAGUGUGAUAGCCUGCCAUUUCAGAAACAUCUCCCAAGCAUAUUUUCUCCCUUUGGGCAACAACUGUGAGCACCAUUUCACCCACUGAUUGGAAGCAUUCCUUGAGCAGAGGUUGGGAGCGGGCAGAAGGGGGAAUGUGGUGAUGGACCAGCCAAUCAAAAUGCAGGAAAAAUGAGAUGUUUGCACCUGAGCAUUUUCAUUGUAAAAAAAAAAUAGUGGGUUCAUGCAAAGGGGCAUAAAGAAAACAGAUUGUCUCCUUCACAGAAACAGGCACCCAUACAAAGGACAAAAGCAGAAUAAAACAGACCUGGAUUCAGAAAUAAUGAAUGUAACCUGUUGUUAUUAUGCUGUGCGGAAUCGACAUCUAUGAGCUUAGUUAGUUUGGAAGGUGGGAAACUGGGAUGCUGGCCAUUACAAUGAAUUGUCUGCAAUCCUGAUGGAAUUCUAACCUAAGUUAACUGCAGUGCCUUGUGAACAAUGGAGAAUUUUUGCCUUACAAUCUCAAGAAUUUCACUGAUGAGAAUUGUGUCCAAAAAGAAAAUGGCUAGAAUGUUAUUUAUAUUGUGAGCUCAACUUUAACAAUAACAUAAGUUUUAUUCAUGUAAGUAAUAAUCUAUGACCAUAGAUUAAACCUUGCAGCAGCUGCUUGCUCAACUGCUUGCUUAAACAGAUUAUCAAAAUAUGAAAGUGUGUUUUAUGGAAUAUGGAUUCCAAUAUAUCUAUUUGUACUUUCUGUGUUUUGUCAUGUUUGUAAUUUACUCUAUAAAUUGUAUUUGGAUCUGGCAAAAUGUAUGUUUAUAUAUAUUUGAAAUAAACAU